AUGUUGCCGCAUGAUGGACUUUUCUGGGUGUGCCGACGACGACUCGUUCGGCCCUGCCGUGGCGAUUUCGACUUCACCAUCAAGUUCGAGAAGAUCUUCUUCGCCCUCAUCCCCGCGCCCAUCUUCAUCGCCUUCUCUCUGGCACGCAUCGUCCAUCUCGCUCGGAAACGAGUCAUCGUGGGCGGCGCCUUCCUGCGGGCGGCGAAAAUCGCUACUUUUGGCGUUCUCUGCGCCUUUCAGCUUGCUCUGCUCGUCCUGAGCAGUACCAAGUCACGGCGCUUUGCAACGUUUUUCAUCCCGGCGGAUGCUCUGACACUGGCCUCCGGGCUCUGCAUGAUCCCGCUGUCCUACUUGGAGCACUCGCGCUCCCCUCGCCCUUCCAUAUUUCUCAACGCCUACCUGUUCAUCACGGUCCUGCUGGACAUCGCUCAGGCGCGGACCCUCUGGCUGGCGUCAGCGACCGCCGACGAGGCCACAUUUUCCCGCAUCUUCACCUGCGGAGUUGCCUUCAAGGCUCUCGCCAUCGUCCUCGAGUCGCAAUCCAAGUCCAAAUGGAUUGUGCACUGGGAUGUCAAGGACCACAGCCCUGAGGAAACCAGCGGUCUGUAUGGCCUCGGCGCCUACUUCUGGCUCAACCGACUGUUCCUUACUGGUUACCAGAAGGUCCUCGACAUCGACGAUCUUUUCCCCUUGGACCAGUGCAUGGCUUCCGAGACGCUGUACUCCAGACUUGCCCAUCGCAUCGACGUAUCCCGGCUUCUAGGGAAGAAUCACGGGCUCGCGCGCGCCCUGGCGAAAGCCCUGGCGGUCCCACUCUUGCUGCCAGUAGGCCCACGUAUUGCCUACGGCGCUCUUCAGUUUUGCCAACCGUUCCUGAUCCAGACGCUCCUGGAAUACCUCGAGCAGCCCGUCGAGGAGUCUUCCGCAAACGUCGGUUACGGGCUCAUUGGGGCCACUCUUCUUAUUUACGUCGGAAUAGCGACCUCGGCGGCCUUUUAUUGGUAUUUUCAGGAGCGCGUCAUGUAUAUGGCUCGCGGCCUUCUGGCCAGCGUCAUUUAUCGGAAGACAACCGAGUCGAAGCUGUCAGCUUCUGACGACUCCGCCGCGCUCACGCUGAUAAACGCAGACAUUGAGCGCAUCAUCGUGGGGUGUCUCAACAUACACGAGUUCUGGGCCAACACGGUCGAGGUUGCGCUAGCUUGCUGGCUGCUCUCACGCCAGAUCGGCCCAGCCUUUGCGGCCCCUCUCAUCGUUGUCGGCCUCUGCGUCGUCUGUUCCUCCGUCCUGGCAAGGUUUGCGGGCCCGCGGCAAAAGCAAUGGAUGGAGAAGAUUCAGAGGCGAGUCGGCCUUACGUCCAGCACCAUUGGCCAGAUGAAGCACCUCAAGAUUUCGGGCCUGGCCGAAGCCGUCCAGGAUGCAAUCCAAUCCAUGAGAGUCGACGAGCUCAAGGCCGGGUCACGCUUCCGUACGGUCCAAUGCUUUGCCGCCACGGUCGGAUACACGCCGCUGUUUCUGUCACCGGUCAUCGCCUUUGCAUUCGUUUCUCGGACCCUGGAUGUGACGGUCAUCUUCACGUCCAUGUCUUACAUCAACCUGCUUGCGGCGCCCCUGGGGUUUCUGUUCCAGAUGAUACCGAACCUACUCGCGUCUUUCACUUGCCUGAACCGCAUCCAGGCCUUCCUCGAGCAGGAUUCUCGCGUCGACUUCCGUGAGUCCCCUGCCCCAGGGAACCUACGAGUUGGAAUAGACGGAGAGAACCUGCGCAGCCACCAUCCGCCUAGCCCUGCCUCACACAAGCUCCAGAUCACCGGGGGCAGUUUUGGCUGGGACCCCGACAAGUUGAUCCUCAAGGACAUCAACCUCAGCAUUCCAGUCUCUCGGUUGACUAUGGUCGUUGGGCCCGUCGCGUCAGGAAAGUCAACGCUUUGCAAAGUUCUCCUCGGCGAGUUGCCUGUGACCCACGGGCAAGUGCUGAUGGCACCCAGCACUUCCCGCAAAAUUGGCUACUGUGAUCAAAGCCCCUACCUGGCCAACGCGACUAUCAAAGAGAACAUUGUGGGCUUUGCUCCGUUUAUUCAGGAACGCUACGACGAGGUCAUUGAGGCCACCAUGCUCCGUCCAGAUUUGGCACUCCUGCCGCUGGGCGAUGAUACCAACAUCGGCAGCAACGGAAUCUCUCUUAGCGGGGGGCAGAAGCAGCGAGUCUCGAUCGCAAGGGCGCUCUACCUCGACACGGACUUCUAUUUAUUCGACGACAUUCUCAGCGGCCUCGACGCCGACACCGAAGCGCAGGUGUUCCUGCGCGUCUUUUCAUCCGCUGGCCUCAUCCGACGAAGGAAUGCCACAGCUGUGCUUUGCACUCAUUCGAUCCGGUAUUUGCCUUCGGCGGAUCACAUUGUUGCCCUCGGCUCGGAUGGAACUAUUGUGGAGCAAGGCACCUUCCAGGAGUUGAUGGCCAACGAUAAGUACGUGUCGAGCCUUGGUGUCGAGGAGGGCAAAGCCUCGUCUUCGAAUGGCAGCUUGACGCCCGAGGUCGGAUCCGUCAAGGAGCAACCUCGCAAACAAGUGCCUAGGCCGCCGGCUGCUGCUUCCAAGCCCCACGAGCAGUCAAGAAUGACAGGCGAUUGGGCCGUGUACAGUCAUUAUUUGGCGCGCAUCGCCACAUUUUCGAAGGUCGCCUUUAUUGUCCUCGGGGUCUCCUGGGGUGCGCUAGCUAACCUCGGCACCAUUUGGCUCAAGUUCUGGUCCGAAGACGUGGCAUCUGCCAACCCGUCACAUUCCAACGCCUUCUACAACGGGUUGUACGCCCUCUUCCAGAUCGGCGCCCUGCUCUCUUUCACCUUGUCGGCCUUGGUGUGCUACAGAUCUAUGGUCACCAUCUCAGGGGCACAGAUACACAAAGAGACGCUCAUGACGGUCAUCAACGCCCCUCUGAAAUUCUUCACCAGUACAGAUACGGGUGUCACAGUCAACCUCUUCUCUCAGGACAUGACCCUGCUCGAUGGCCAGCUCCCUCAAUCCGUUCUCAACCUGGCGCUGACCGCCUUCGAAUGCGUGGGCAUGGCCGCCGUCAUCGCCACAUCCUCGCCUUACAUUAUCAUAACUUUUCCAGUCCUCGUCGCAAUUAUGUACAUCUUGCAGAAGUUUUAUCUCCGCACAUCCCGACAGAUCAGACUGCUGGAUCUGGAAGCCAAGAGUCCUCUCUACUCUCACUUCAUCGACACCAUCAGGGGGAUCGCCACGUUCCGUGCCUUUGGGUGGAUCCAGGAAGCCAUCGACCAAAAUUACAGGCUGCUGGACACCUCCCAGAGACCAGCUUACCUGCUGGCUAUGAUUCAGCGCUGGCUGGCUUUUGCGCUUCGACUUGUCGUGGCCGUCCUUGCUGUCGUUCUCGUGACUUUGGCCAUAAAGCUGCGGUCCACGACGGCCUUCACGGGUGCUAGCUUGGUCGCUCUCAUGUCGUUUGGCGACAGCUUAUCCUUGAUCAUCACAUUCUAUACCCUGCUUGAGACUUCCAUCGGCGCCGUCAGCCGGUUGAAGUCGUUUAGAGAGACCGUCAAACCUGAGAAUCGCGAGGGUGAGGACCUGGUGCCUCCGAAGGAGUGGCCGCUGCAGGGCGGCAUCGAGAUCAACGGUGUGUCCGCGUCGUAUAGCGACGGAGAAGAGAAUACCAACCCGACGGAACACCUGGCCCUUAAUGGCCUCCAGCUCUCCAUCGCCCCAGGCGAGAAAAUCGCCAUCUGCGGCCGCAGUGGCAGCGGGAAAUCCUCCUUCAUCCUCCUCCUCCUGCGCCUUCUCGACCCUUUAGCCCCACAGCCACAAACCACCACAACCUCCUCCUCCUCCUCCUCAUCCUCGCCAGCCCGCGAAACGGACCUAGGAAUCAGCAUAGACGGCACCCCGCUGCACCGACUCUCGCGCCCGGCCCUCCGGCAGCGCGUCAUCGCCCUGCCGCAGGAGCCCGUCUUCCUGCCGUCCGGCACGUCGGUCCGCACGAACCUGGACCCGCAGCACGCCGCCACGGCGACCGACUGCCGCGCCGCGCUCGAGGCCGUGGGGCUGUGGGACCACGUCGUCGCGGCCUGCGGGGGUCUCGACGCGCCGCUCGGCGCCGAUGCCCUCUCGCAGGGCCAGAAGCAGCUGUUCAGUCUCGCGCGGGCGGUCCUGCGGCGGCGGGUGCGCGCGCGGGAGAGGGAGAGGGAGAUAGAGCGGGCCGCGGGCGGCGCGGAGGUUGCGGCUGCUGCCGCCUGUGUUGAGGAAUACAACGACGGGGGCGACGGGGGCAUCUUGUUGCUCGACGAGGUCAGCUCGAGCGUGGACAAGGACACGGACGAGCUCAUGCAGCGGGUCAUCAUGCGCGAGUUUGCCGGAUACACGAUUGUCAUGGUGAGCCACCGGCUCGGCAUGGUCAUGGGGUUCGAUCGGGUGGUGGUGAUGGAGGCGGGCCGGAUUGUGGAGACGGGGCGGCCGGGGGACCUGGUUGAGACGGAGGGGUCGAGGUUUCGGGACCUGUGGAUGGUUGGGAACGGGGGUAGGGGCUGA